UUCAGUAAUCAAGGAGACCAUUGAGAUAAAACAGAAUUUUGUUUCCGGUUUCCUGUGACAAGUCAACAGAGUUGACCCAGCAAUUAAAAUGAUGUGAAGAACCCACCCACCCAACACAACACAACACACUCUUGAUCGAUCGAUCAACAGCAAAAAGAUAUGACUUCUUCACCCAGUAUCAAGGAAGCCUCGAGAGCCUGUUUUCCACGCUGCUGCCCGAACCAGUUACUCGAGGAACACUCCAUAAGUCCUUCUAGGUAUGAUUUCAUUGCUGCAACCACUUGUUCACUUCAUCCAAAUGCUCCAUUCACUAACCACGAAUGUCUGCCACCCCUAGAACACUCAUUUUCCAACAUGAAAAAGGCUUUCCCAAACUACCUGGAAACUGACCGGGCUGACCGAAUCCGGGAUCAGGAAUACUCUCUGUCCAACCAUGUUUGUCUUGAUUACAUUGGUCACGGGCUCUUCUCUUAUUCACAGCAGUUGCAUUCUAAUGCGCCUUUUUUCAGUAUCAGAUACAAAUCAGUAAAUUUGUACGCACAGAUUACGCACGGUGGUCCAGAACCAGAAUUUGAAACUACCAUCAAGAAAAGGAUUUUUAGAUUCAUGAAUGUUUCAUCAGAUGAUUAUUCUUUGGUUUUCACAGCCAACCAAUCAUCUGCAUUCAAAGUGUUGGCAGAAUCUUACCCUUAUCCAAAUCUUUUGACUGUGUAUGAUCACCAAAAUGAAGCGGUAGAACCUAUGGUUGAUAACUGUAGAAAAAGAUCUGGGUGGGUGGAUUCAGCUGUGUUUUCAUGGCCCAGCAUGAGAAUCCAGUCAAAAGGACUCAGAAAAUUGGUGGUGACCAAAAAAAAGAAAGGGCUUUUUGUCUUCCCCCUUCAAUCCAAGGUUACUGGAUCAAGAUACUCGUAUCUUUGGAUGGGUUUGGCUCAAGAAAACGGGUGGCAUGUUUGUCUUGAUGCAAAUGCAUUAGGAGCCAAAGAUAUGGAGACACUCGGUCUCUCUCUUUUCCAGCCCGAUUUCCUCAUCUGUUCAUUUUACAAGGUUUUUGGAGAGAACCCGUCUGGAUUCGGUUGUCUUUUUAUUAAAAAAUCAACCUCAUUGGUGCUUAAAAACUCUAAUACCAACGCCGGAGUGGUUAAUAUCGUUGAAGCUUCUAACCGGCCACUAUACCUCCAAGCAUCAGGGAGUAUCAACAGAGGGAAAACAGUCUUAUCGAAUCAAGAAACACUUGAAAUACAAGAAAUUGGUGACAGAAAAGAUGAAGUAUCGUUUCUUGACAUCAAAUCAAGAAAAAAAGAAAGGAACAGUAGUGGGGAUAUAGAGUUUAGGGGAUUAGAUAAUGCAGAUUCAUUAGGUUUGGUACUGAUUAGCAGCAGGGUAAGGUACUUAGUGAACUGGCUAGUGAAUGCAUUUGGUAGUCUAAAACACCCACAUCCGGAAAACGGGGGGGUUCCUUUGGUUAGGAUUUAUGGGCCAAAAGUGAGGGUGGACCGAGGGCCGGUAGUGGCCUUCAAUGUGUUUGAUUGGAAAGGUGAGAAAAUUGAGCCAACACUUGUACAGAAGCUGGCAGAUAGACACAAUAUUUCUUUAAGUUAUGCAAUUUUGAAACAUGUCAGUUUUGUGGACAAGAGUAGUGAAGAAAGGGAAAGAUCAGUAGAGGUAAAGAGCUUCGAAAGUAGCAUGUUGACCAAAAAGAAAGACAGGCUUGACCUAGGGAUACCGGUGAUCAUGGCUGCACUUGGAUUUUUGACCAACUUUGAAGACGUUUAUAGGCUGUGGGCAUUUGUUUCACGAUUCUUGGAUGCAGAUUUUGUGGAGAAAGAAAGGUGGAGAUAUAUGGCUCUUAAUCAGACAACCGUCGAGGUGUAGGUUAAGGUAAAAGAUUUCAUUCAAUCUUGUAAUUCAGCGGUCAAUAUUAUUCACCAUGAAUUACAACCAAGAUUAAAAUUUGUGAAUGUAUGUAACAAGUUGAUACAAACAGAUACCACAAUUUCGUUUACAAGUGAUAACACAUUAUUUGAAAUCAGAAAAAAAGGAUUGUCAAGCUUUGUAGUUUCAAUGAGCAAGGUUAGUGAUUUUGUUACCAAAAGAUCUACAUGUUUAUAUUUGUGGUAUGCAUGUGUUAUAUAAAUUUCACAAAGGGGUCAAAUGAUAAAAGAGAAUUUGGUAUGUGUAUCCCCAAGUAACCCUAAGUACUAUUAGGAUGCUCGGUAUGGGGACCGGCCUAGGGCCGGUGAGCUCCGGCGCCGGGCCAGCACACCGCCCCUUAGGGCCGGUCCCGUCGUCUCCGGCUCCUUCCAGACGAUCUUGCCGGGCCUCCUCUCCUCACCCACACAUAUACAUACAACACACAUACAUAUAUAUGAGGCCCAUCCCCCACACCGUAGGUCCAUCUCUUUCAGGCUCAUCCUCACACCCGCUUACGUGGACGCUUACGUGGCGAAGCAUCCUUUGAGGACUACCCUCCUCCACACCCCAUAGUCUUAAAGAGGGGAUGUUAUUCAUUUGGUAUUAAGAAAUUUCUUUUAAGUUUUCUGUUGUGAAGCAUAAUAAAUACUCAUUUCUUCAACAAGCACAGCACACAUAAUAAAAUUUUGUAACUAUUAUAUAGCCUAAUCUUAAAUUGGUUAAGACGGUGAUAGAUUCCUAU